UGACAGGAUGCCGGCCUACGACGGCAAUGCCACCUAUCAGGCCAGUUACUACUCGGCCUUGGACGGGCUGUUCGAAUUGCACGAGACCGUGGGCUCGGGCGGGUUCGCCAAGGUCAAGUUGGCCACCCAUGUGGCCACGGGCGAGAAGGUGGCCAUCAAAAUCAUGGACAAGCGGCAGUUGGGCGAGGACUUGCCUCGGAUUCGGCUAGAAAUCAGCGCUAUGCAAGUGCUCAGACACCAGAACAUUUGCAAACUCUUCCAGGUGAUUGAAACCGAGACGAAGAUCUUCAUGGUCUUGGAAUAUUGUCCGGGGGGUGAGCUCUUCGACUACAUCGUGGAGCGCGACCGCCUUUGCGAAUCCGAGUCCCGCGCUUUCUUCCGCCAAAUCGCCGCCGCCAUGGCCUACAUCCACCAGUCCGGAUACGCCCACCGGGAUCUCAAGCCCGAGAACAUCCUCAUCGACGAGGACCAGAACCUCAAACUGAUCGACUUUGGACUGUGCGCCAAUCCCAAGGGCGGCAUGGCCUCCGUUCUGGAGACUUGCUGCGGCUCACCCGCUUACGCCGCACCCGAACUCGUCACCGGGCAGAACUACCUCGGCUCGGAAGCCGACAUCUGGUCCAUGGGCGUGCUCUUGUACGCCCUCCUCUGCGGCUUCCUGCCUUUCGACGACGAGAAUAUCAGUGCCCUCUAUCGGAAGAUCCAAUCCGGAAAGUACGAGAAACCCGCCUGGUUGAGUGCGGGCAGUGUGGCGCUUCUGGACGCCAUGCUCCAGACGGAUCCUCGCCGCCGAAUCACCGUCAACGAACUCCUCCUUCAUCCCUGGCUCAUGGUGGGCUAUGACACGCCCGUCCAAUGGCAGUCCAAGUUCCACGCCACGGACCUCGAGUCCGACGUGGUCCAGCAGAUUGCUCGGCAUCGCCUAGCCCCGCCCCAGGGGGUGAUGGAGCAGAUCCGGAAAUGGGACUACAGCUCCAACCUGGUGGCCACCUACUUCAUCCUCUUGGACCGCAAGCAGAAGGGUCGACCGUUCCAGUUGGCGGCUGGCGCCAAGUCGCCUUUGGGUGAGCUCAGCGCCAACCACACCCCAAGGCGGAACUUGGCCCACGAAUUGGGCGGGGGGGGCAGCGACAGCGGGCCUCUCGGGACCUCACCCCGGGGACUGCACAACUCGUUGGAGGGCGGUCUGGACGACGUGGACCUGCUCUCCCUCAGCAGUCCCAACGGCUCCAAGGGCGGCGGCAGUGGCGCGGGCGAGUUCGAUCGGAACACCAAGAAUCGUGCCUCAGAACGCUAUCCGGUGCCCAAUAAGAAGCGAGCCGCCUACCAGGAGAACAAAGAGAACCACCAGGGGGGUGGCACGCCCAACCAACACCACCACCACCACAACCAACACCCGAACAAUAGCCUGAAUAGCCCGCUGUCGCCGUCCCGAUCCAUGGACAGUGGACUCAACUCGAACCCGUCCACGCCCAAAUCACACAAGUCCGGGGCCAAGGACGACUGGGUGUUCGCCACGCCCGACAAACCCAUCGGCGGGAGCGGCAAGCACAAUCGUAAAGUGUUUGGCAGCAUCGAGCGCGGACUCGACAAGAUGAAGAACAUGUUGACGCCACGCAAGGGCCGCUACGGCUCCUCAUCGGAGUGCGCGCCCGCUUUGGUCACGGGCAAGGCCCUGUGUAACGUGUCCACCACUUCGCAACACAACCCGGACUCCGUGCUCAACGAUCUGGCCCGUGCUCUGGCGGCCAAGGGCAUCCCCUGUCAGCAGAAGGGCUACAUUCUCCGGGGCAAGAUCAAGGACCAAUCCGGCAUGGCCAAGCUCUCCUUUGAGCUGGAGGUGUGCCGAAUACCCAACCUGAAUGUGAUCGGAAUCCGGCGGAAACGCCUCAAAGGCGACGCCUGGUGUUACAAAAAGGUCUGCGAGGAAGUGCUCAGCAUGGCCAAGGCUUGACCCGCAGAGCCGUGUUUCCGGCUCACCCUACACGCUGACUUGGUGAUGGCUUCUUCACUUCAAAUCUCUCUCUCUCUCGUUCUCCAUGGCCGGGAUAUUGGAAUCACUCCGCCUCGUUCAUGACUCAUUGAAUGAUCCCUCACCCUUCACCGUCCGAACAAUCGAACAAUAAUACGCUUAGUCGACGUCUGAACGACCAACGACUGGAAACUCCAGGAUCUCCGCCGGGGCCAUUGCCUACCAUUUACCCAAUCCCUAUUCCCUUCUCGCUGUUCAUAUCCAUGAUCCUCAUGAUAAAUCUGAUCUCUGACAUGGCAUCAUCUAUUGUACGCUGCUAAGAAAUGAAAACUAGUAUUUUCUAUGUUCUAACGA